AUGUCUAAUCACACCGUGGUCUUAGAAAUUACUUUAGUUGGAUUUCCCGGUCUGCCUGAUGCAUUCCACAGCUCGGUAUCAACCAUGAUGUUUUUCACCUACAUGAUAUCGCUGACCGCCAAUGGCGCUGUCGUAGGUUUGGUCAUUUUUAGCGAGCGCUUACAUCAGCCCAUGUACCUGAUCAUAGCCAACCUCGCCGCCUCCGGUCUGCUGUUUGACACCGUGACUUUACCAAAAAUAAUUACCAGGUAUUGGUUUGGAGCUUCCACCAUUCCCUUGAGUAUGUGCCUGUUUCAGAUCUUCUUGGUUCAUUAUCUUGGAAGUGUGGACUCGUUCCUGUUGUUGCUGAUGGCUGUAGAUCGCUAUGUGGCCAUCUGCCACCCACUACGAUACACCUCUGUCAUCACCAAUAAAGUGGUCACCAUUUCCUGUGGCUUCUGCUGGAUCAUUUUGGCGUCUUCCAUGAAUGUAGUCAAUACUGUUCUAGCGUCACAGAUCUCCCUGUGUGGAACCAGCAAGGUAGAUAGCUUGUUUUGUGGCUACACGGCCUACGCGGCCUUAGCCUGUACUGAUAUAACAAGCUCGAGAAAGUGGGUUUUUGUCAAUUCUAUGGUUGUCCUUUUUUUGCCAUUGGGGCUGAUAUUAGUUUCCUACAUCAGAAUAAUAGCGGUCAUCUCAACCACUCGCUCUGAGAGCCUCCAGAGAGCCUUUUACACUUGCGUGACCCAUUUGUUGGUCAUCUCUUUGUAUUAUAGCCCUCGACUUUUUGUCUACAUUGUAAGUGAAUUCAGCUGCGGCGUCUCAGAUGGCAAACUCAACAUGAGGAGACCAGAUUCACCUCCAUAUCAGUUCCUGGACAUGGGACCUUUUGACCUGCUGACAAC